GAUGGUGAGUCGGGGAUAAACACUCCGCGGCGGGGGCGGCUGCUGCUCUUCUUCGGGUUCUGUCACGGUGUCGGCGGUGCCCAGCUCACGGGCCCCCUCCCCCUUCCGGCCAGCGUGGUCGCCAAAGAGGCUCUGUGAGCCCUGCUCUGCCGGUUCCACAGCGGGUCGCGCGUGUUCGGCGGCGGCGGCAGCGAGCCCGUGGGCAGUGGGGGUUGGUCCCGUGGCUCCGGCCCCCGGUGCAGAAUGGCGACGGCGGUUCGGAUGAACAUCCAGAUGCUGCUGGAGGCGGCUGACUACCUGGAGCGGCGGGAGAGAGAAGCUGAACAUGGUUAUGCCUCCAUGUUACCCUACAAUAACAAGGACAGAGAUGCCUUCAAACGGAGGAACAAAUCUAAGAAGAAUAACAGCAGUAGCAGAUCAACUCACAAUGAAAUGGAGAAGAAUCGACGGGCCCAACUUCGCUUGUGCCUGGAGAAGUUGAAGGGGCUAGUGCCGCUCGGGCCUGAAUCAAAUCGACACACUACAUUGAGUUUAUUAACAACAGCCAAAUUGCACAUAAAGAAACUUGAAGAUUGUGACAGAAAAGCCAUUCACCAAAUAGACCAGCUUCAGCGAGAGCAGCGGCACCUGAAGAGGCAGCUGGAGAAGCUGGGCAUCGAGAGGAUACGAAUGGACAGCAUCGGCUCCACGGUCUCCUCCGAGCGCUCCGACUCCGACAGGGAAGAAAUCGAUGUGGAUGUUGAAAGCACAGACUAUCUCACGGGCGAGUUGGACUGGAGCAGCAGCAGCGUGAGUGAUUCUGACGAGCGGGGAAGCAUGCAGAGCCUCGGCAGUGACGAGGGCUACUCCAGCGCCAGCAUCAAGAGAAUAAAGCUCCAGGGCAAUCGCAAGACGUGCCUCGGGCUAUAAGAGAGGUCGCUGCGGCUGCCCGUGGUCUCCUGUCGGCUCUGAGUAGGUAGUGUACUGGACCUGCCCACGGUUCCCUUGCACGUCAACUGCCGUGUACCACCUUCACCACAUCAGCUCUGUAAACGUUCGCAAGGAGUGCUUAGGAUUUCAUCCACUAGCUUCUCUUUCUCUCCACAAAAAUUCGUCUGAGAGACUGUACAUUCCAAUCGAUUUGAAGCACCCAAGAAUUCUUAGACCGAAUAAGCAACUUUCACAUCUCAGCAGUUUCCCCCCUUAUUUACUGUCCCCACGUAGCCUACCAGACCUUGCUUAACGUUUCCUGGCUUACUGUGUUACCUGCCUAGCAGAAAUGUCUGACUGUGUCUUGUGCUUAGGAACUGAAGGAAACAAGCUUCAAAGUUGAGAGCCUGACCUCAGAACUCCAAAGUCGGCUUUGACAGUGGCAUUUAAGAGCACUUACCCACAGACCUCUCCCCAGGGAGGAGGCAGGAAUACCUCCAGGGGACACCCGCACCCCGUGCUCAGUCCCAGAACCCCGUGCGGAUGGGCGUCUGUCUGUCUGAAGUGGACACCUGGAGAGUAUGGCUUUGGGGUUGCACAGCUCAUCAAAGUUCCAAUAUUGUUCAUUCUCACAAACAAAAUAGCACCGUCUAUUUUUGUGAUGUUUUGGGGGCUGUGCUGUGUACUGCUAUCCCCAAUGCGCAUUCUUCUCCAAGUUUGUUAUGCUACUUGUCUCUGGAACAUUUUUUUUUCCUACCUCAGAGAUAAAUUAGAUCUCCAUUUCCCACUUAACACAAAGUGAUUAUGCCUCUUUUCCCCCAGAAUAAGUGACAUUUGGUCCAAUUCUAAUCUAUUUUCCUAUUUAACUUUCAGCAAUAACUGAGCUUUGACACUAGCUGAGCUAGUGCCUACCACCAGUGAAAGGAAAGUCCGCGUUUCUGCUCUGUGUUGCAGGGGAACAGGAGGGGCUGGUACGUGUUACUAGAAUCCCUCGCUAUUUUUGGACUCACCCGGAACUUCUUCAUGAAGGCUUUUGGGUUGAUAGUUUAAAAGGCUGAUUUUUUCUUCUUGGUUAUGAUUUCUCCCUUACGUGGUCCUCCACUUUGUAGCAUUUUUAUUUAAGCUAAAACAGAGCACAUGUAUAUGUACAUAAGACACAUUAAAUCUAUAAAGACUAUUUAUUCAUUUUAUAUAAACUAAUGUAAUGGAAAAUGAAUUCUUAUGACUUUGUGCUUUUAUAGAUGUUCUAGAAACUUUGUAUGUAGGUAUCUACAAAUUGGCUCAUUCCCCUUAAUAUUUUUGCAUUCAUAUUUUUGAGGUCUUGAUAUUUUCAGCCUCUGGCGAAUCUUUUCCAUUGAAUUUAAACCAUUUGUAAAAUCUGUGACGCUGAAACAGAGUGUAUGUCACAAAGUGAUAAGAACAUUCCUAAAAUCCACAGACGCACUGCAACCUAAGGGCUCGACAGCUGAACCAGCGCGGGGCCGGCUGUGCCGCGCUGGCCUGCGGUCUCUAGCACGCCACAGCCUCACCACUCCGCCUCCAGCAGCAAAUGUUCACACACACUCUGCACAGCGGCUCGUUCUAGACAUGAGAGCAAUGUAAACAACGCAAGAUUACUUUUGUGUUUUCUCAAUUAAUGAUUAAAAAAUUUUUUAAUUGGAAGCAGUGGAUUGCUAAAUGAUCCCAAAGUCAUGUAUAACUCUCCUGUGUUUAUUUUGUUCUGGUUUUUCCUUCAUUUCAGCUUUGGGUGGGGGCGGGGCAGGUGACACAAAGGAUUUUUUUAUUGUUGGAAUCUUUUCCAAUUACCAGCUGAAGAUUUGCACUGAAAUACAAUUUGUAUGCCUUCUGCAUUUUUAAAGCCUGCUUCCUGAGUUUAAGCAGUGAUAGUGUUCAAAGAGCCAGCUCAGCCUGUAACGUGUUUGAAAAGAUAUGUCUGCACUUUGAGGUCCCUUUUGAAUGCCAUUCGCUAGACCUCACAAGCAUUUUGUUUAAUAGCUAUGUUCACGCGCCUCACAAGUCCACGAUGCUGGAUGGCAUCAGAAACUCAAGACUUUGGGAGAAGCUUGUGGGCUUGCACUGGGGAGGGAACAAAAUUUGUGUAUUUGUUAAUUUAGAAAUAAGGCAUCUCAGAGAUGCCAUUAUUUUCUGUGUUUUAAUUGUUGUGCCUUUGAGUUAAACUGCAUUUUUUGUCUCUUGGUUGAAAUAUGAAAUGUACUGUCCCGAUAUAAAACAGUAAUUAUUUGA